UCAGGAGGUUAUCCUCUUUAGCUUGUUACAUAAAUUAUUUAUUAUGUGCUGAAUAAAUCUACUCUUGCUUUUAUAUUUAUUAUGAACAUGAGUGGAAAAAUAAUUUUGAAUUACAUAAACUAUAAUUAUAUUAAAGUUUUGACCGUAGCUCGCAAUUUAAAAUCAUGUAAUGUAUCAGUAUCAUCUGGUUAUACUCUGAAUAUAAUCAAUAGAAAUUACUGUGCCAAGACCAAACCAGCAACAAACGAAAAAAAACAUUGCAACAUUGGUACGAUAGGACACGUUGAUCACGGGAAAACUACCCUAACUGCUGCUAUUACAAAAAUUCUAUCCCAAGAUGGAUCAGCUAAGUACAUUUCUUAUGACGAAAUUGAUAAGGCGCCAGAAGAAAAGAAAAGAGGUAUCACCAUAAAUGCUGCUCAUGUCGGCUACAGCACAAAGAAUCGUCAUUACGCACACACUGACUGUCCAGGUCAUGCUGAUUAUAUACGUAACAUGAUCUCUGGAGCAUCACAGAUGGAUGCAGCUAUUCUAGUCGUAGCUGCCACCGAUGGCCCAAUGCCACAGACCAAGGAACACUUGCUGCUCGCACAACAAGUUGGCAUUAAAUAUAUUGUUGUGUACGUCAAUAAAGUGGAUUUAGUUGAUGAUGAGAUGUUGGAGCUUGUAGAGAUUGAAAUGAGGGAGAUGUUGGGUGAUUAUGGAUUUAAUGGCUCCAGUGCACCAAUGGUUGCUGGUUCUGCUUUAAAAGCGCUGAAUGACGAUCAGUCAGAAAUAGGAGUACCCUCAAUAAGAAAGCUACUAGACGAAAUAGACAACUUUGUGCCAGAUAUACAAAGAGAUGUUACAUCCCCUUUCCUAGUGCCCAUAGACAAGGCUUUUACUGUACCCGGAAGAGGCACUGUGGUUGUUGGUACAAUCCAAAGAGGGUCUAUGAAGAAGAAUGAUGAAGCAGAGCUACUAGGUUUUGGAACAGCUGUGAAAACGACUAUAUCAGACAUACAAAUUUUCAAAUCUAGUGUUCCCCAGGCCAUAGCCGGUGAUCACGUGGGUAUCUUAUUGCGUGGUCUUAAAUUGCGAUCUGUGGAAUCAGGUAUGCUGUUGUGUGCGGCGAAGUCACAGAAGCUGAGCAACCAUUACAAAGCGACGAUAUAUUUCCUGUCGGGCAGUGAAGGCGGUCGCAAAAAGCCUAUCGUCUCCAAAUACAGUCAACAAAUGUUUAGCGGCACAUGGAACAUCGCUUGUCGGAUUGAUUUGGAGCCCUCCAUGGAGAUGAUGAUGCCCGGUGACCACGGAGAGGUCUACCUGACGUUACUAGAAGGUAUGGUGAUGCUCAAAGGACAGAGGUUCACGAUAAGAGAGAAUAAUGUCACAGUUGCUACCGGUAUUAUAACUGACGCCUUACCAUCAGUAAAUGUUCCCAACGGCAAACUCGGGAAGUUGGAACUGAAGUUAUAGUUGUAGCAUGUCGACGGUCAGUCGGUCGACGCGCGUCGGGCACGGCGGCAGGCGCGGC